AUGCAUUCGCGUCGACCCGAGACCUUGAAGAUUGACAUCUCCAAGUAUAGGGGAGUCGAAGAGGACUCCCUCUUGAGAUGGUUCGUCGAAUUGGAUGACGCCAUAAGGGCGCGUCGCAUCGACGAUAGGGAAAUGCAAGUUGCAUUUGCCCAGUCAAAUCUGGCAGGACGUGCCAAGACUUGGGCACUGGGGCUCAAGUUGCACGACCCAUAUGCGUUUGGGUCGUUAGAAGUCUUCAAGUCGCGGCUCAGACAAACGUUUGAGCCGCCUAGAGCUGAGUUCAGAGCUCGAACCGAACUCUUGAAGCUCAAACAGGGUAAGCGUGAUGUGCACGCUUACGCGCAACAUAUACGACAUCUUACGAGUUGUAUAAAUUCCAAUCCGGUGGAUGAACACACGUUGGUUUCGGUGUUCAUGCAGGGUCUUGCGGAUGGUCCCGUCAAGACUCACCUGUUCCGGCUUGAACUAGAUUCACUAGAACAAGCCAUUUCCAUUGCGGAACAGGAAGACUUCAGUCUGAGACAGGCUCGCGCCAGCUCGACAUCAUAUCGUCAACCGAGACGAUAUGACAACGGAGGUCCAGAGCCGAUGGAACUCUGUUAUGUAGAGAGCGAGAAGGCUCGCUCUACAGACUACAAGAAGUUGCAGAAAUGCAACAGAUGUCAAAAGACAGGACACUACGCUUACGAGUGUAGUGUCCCUCGUUCAGUGUCUCGCAACACUGGGCGUAGUGACCGUCCACCCAUGAGAAAGGGGCAGGGACGCGGGUCCGCUGUUGGUGCAAAGACGCAACAACGGGAUGGACCGUCAAAAAACGGACAGGAUCAGUAG